AUUGACAUUAGGAGCAGCCAGUUAGACCAGGAAAUGGCUUUGAUUGCUUUUUAUAAAGCAUGCAGAGUGGGUGAAUCCUCUGCAAUGCAGACUUGAAGGUGAUCCAGCAAUCAGAGAGGGAGUGAACCGCUUCGUGUUGUCCAGAAUCAUGGAGAAGCUCAAAUAUGGUUUUAAGAUCAAUUUAGGAAAUGCUGGUGCCACGAAUCUAUUUGACGGCGAGCCGGAUCACCUUGUUCCCUCUUCCUCUGCUUUCAUUGUGGACAGUGACCUGUUCCUAAUGGCAGGCCACAUGAUCGGUCAUUGCUUUUUAAAUGGAGGUCCUGCACUGACGGGACUAAGCCCUGCCAUUGUGCACGUCCUAUGUGGCGGCACACCUGAAACCGCCCUCAUAAAAAUUAAUGACUGCCCAGACUUGGACCUACGAGAGAAGAUCACAUUGCUUGAAGGGAGUUCUGAACUGUCAGCAGAGGAGAAGGAGAGCCUUGACACCUUGUGUCUCGCAUGGGACCUUCCAUUGAUGACCCAAAACAACCGAAGAUGGCUCUUUGAGAGGCUUCUACAUCAUGCAGUCAUUGGACAGACGAUGAAGCAAGUAAAGCAAAUAAGAAAAGGCCUAAAAGAAACCAUGGUGUGGCCCCUCAUUUGUGCGCGCCCAGAUGUUGCUCCAGAGAUUUUCCCUCAGGAGAUGAGUUCUGUGUUGACCCCAGAGUGCAUUCUGGAAUGCAUCAAGUGGCCCAAAAUGACCGGGACCGAGGACGAUGACGAUGAUGAAUGCUCUGUGUCGGAUAAGAGCCGCAUCACUGGCUACCUACGGCAGUUCAUUGAAAAUGCAUCCAGUGAUGAACUGAAGGCACUUGUGAAGUUCUGGGUUGGAUGGGAGGCUCCAACAGCUACCCUCAUAGUGGAGGUCGUAGACUCCAGCCUACCAAAAUCGUCCACAUGCUUUGAGACUCCGUCUUCCUGCCCGCUACAAGGACUACAUGACCUUUAAGAAAGACUUGAUUGCCUGCCUUCAAACUUCCGACACAGGGUUUGGAUUAGUGUAGUGGCAGUAUAGUGUCAUUAAAGGGGAACUAUGCAGGCCUGGUCGCUUCCCCACUGUUUUUCUGACCCUCCUUGCAGCUAUGUGCGUUUGUUUUCAAUGAAGCUGGCAAGAGGGAAAUCCAUGAAGCGGUGGAUAACGUUUUAUAUGCAAUGUUAGGAAGGGUAUAUUUGUAUAGUUUCAUUUGUCAUAAACAAGAGAUUUCAGUUUGCAGGGCGCAUUAAGGCAUGGUGCUGCUAGGAUGGAGGCACUGAUCUUGCAAGGUUGGUUUUCGGCUAAGAGGUGCUACGUAGAAGACAGAGAGCCUCUUCUCUGCCUCUGAAAGGUUACAAGUCUUUAAUUUAACCAUAAUUGUAAUUCUGAAGCUGUUUAAUGAAGGUAAGGUGCGUAGUUCCUCUUUAAAAGCUGGUUAUUGUUCUGUUAAGGUUUUUUUUUCACCUUGGCUGCCUGCUGUGACAUAAGCACAGUUGCAAA